AGUUUUUAUUAUUGUAUUUUUUUAUUGUGUUUGUGCCGCGAAAAUUUGUUGCCGUACCAUAAGAAAUACCACAUGAACGGCGAAGCCAAACCUUUUUAGAUCCGAAACCACUUCAACAGAACACAAAUUUGCUCGUACAAAAUCUCAAUAUCUGUCUUUGUUUUGCUUUGAGUUACACUUUUCACUCCUCAUCAUUUGCUUUUUAUUUCAGUUAUACCCUUAAUCUGUGAAAUAUUAGGGUUUUAGUUUAGGUCUCCCAGGUCGAAUUUUAUAGCUACCUUUUUCUUUUGAAUUCAGUUAUAUUUGCUCAAGACCUAGGUCAUUCAGUUGCACUAUUACAUCUAGGGUUCUCACAUGAUUUCUCUGCAAAAUGGGGUUUUCUAAAUGGGAUUGAAGUUUUUAGGGUUUUCUAAUUUCAAGUUUAAAACCAAUGGGUGCUCUGACGAGCAAUCGUAAACGUGGCGACGAGUACUUAUCAUUGAAUCAUCUCCAAAGUCCAUAUCAAAACUCUCACGUUUCAAAGCGACCCCGGUUUUCUUUCAUGCACCAGACCCCAAACCAAGAUUUAGUUUCAUCGAACAGCACGGUUUCGAGAAUCUCUAAGUACCCGGACGCCAGAGCCCCUCUGAAAAGACAAGUACAUGCCCCUUGUAGAAUUCUCAAAUUUGGAUUCUCCGACAAGCUAAAACAGGAUUCAAGCCCGAAAAGUGCUCGUGGGUAUCGUGAAAAUCAAGAAUCAGGUAAUGCUAUGGGUAAUUUGUUGACUUCUCGCUUAGUUGAGGCAAAGAAAACAGCAUUUGAUGCAAUUAGGUAUUUGAGAAAAGAUAAGCAAGUGAUUGAUGUUGAUAAGGAAUAUAAUGAUAAGAAGGAGAUAGUUUCUGAUGAUUCAAGUGUUGAAGAAGUUGAGAAUGAGAAGAAUGAGAAAUUUGAGGUACCAGUUAGGGAAAUUAGUGGGAAAGCUGUGGAGGAGAGAAAUCAUAAUAAUUUCCAGCCAUCGUCUUCUUCUGUGGUUACUACAGAUAUGAAUAAUGGUGUUGCUGAUGGUGAUAUUUUGAGAAUGGAGAGUGCGGAGAAGAUAUUGGAUUCAUUGUCGUUAAAUCGGGAGGUAAUUGGUGUGCCUAAUCUUGAGGUGUAUAAGAAGUUGUUGGAGAGUGCAGAGAGGAGGAGUUCUAAGUUGAACUCAAUAGGGUUUGAGAUUGAGUUGAAUGAGAAGCGUCGCGAUUCUCUCAGGCUGUUGCAGCCCCUGAAGCAACCAGAGGAAAAACUGGUAGAGGAAGUACCUCGCGAACCCUUUGUCCCUCUGACAGAGGAGGAAGAAGCUGAGGUUGGUCGUGCAUUUGCUCCUAAUAGGAGGAGGCAGGUCUUGAUCAGUGAUUCGGGGACAGAUAUUGACAUUACUGGACAAAUUCUACAGUGCCUUAGGCCAGGUGCAUGGUUGAAUGAUGAGGUCAUAAAUGUAUAUCUGGAGUUACUGAAAGGCAGGGAAAAGAGGGAUCCAAAGAAGUUUCUGAAAUGCCAUUUCUUCAACACAUUUUUUUACAAGAAGUUAGUGAGUGGCAACAAGGGCUAUGAUUUUAAAGCCGUGAAAAGAUGGACGUCCAUCAAGAAGUUGGGAUACACUCUCCUUGAGUGUAACAAAAUAUUUGUUCCUAUCCACAGAGAGAUACAUUGGUGCUUGGCUGUUAUCAAUAAGAAGGAUAAGAAAUUUCAAUAUCUUGAUUCGCUGAAAGGAAGGGAUAUGAAAGUGCUGAAUGCCUUGGCUAGAUAUUAUGUGGAGGAAGUGAAAGACAAGAGUGGAAAAGACAUAGAUGUAAGCGAUUGGGAGCAAGAAUUUGUUGAAGACCUUCCUGCACAGGAGAAUGGGUUUGACUGUGGUAUGUUUAUGCUCAAAUAUGUUGACUUUUAUAGCAGAGGUCUAGGGCUUUGUUUUGACCAGAGUCAUAUGCCCUAUUUUCGUGUGAGAACAGCAAAAGAGAUCCUGAGAUUGAGAGCUGACUGAUUGAAAUUGUGAAUCAGCUAUUUGUAACUUACUGUGGCGCCCUUUUAUUAUUUCACCAUUUAGCAGAUAGCAGGUCUUCGUUUGGAGAUGGUUGUGGAUUCUGCUGAUUUAAUAACAUGAUGUGGUACGCCAUAGAAUUCUGCACCAAUGAAAUAGCCGAUCUUCUGAGGAUGCUUUCACCAUUUUGAAGGUUCUUUUAAGUGAUGGCUACGCUUAAGUUUUGGUUUUUAGAUUGGUUGAUAGAUCAAAGAUUAUCCUGGUAAAAUGACUUAAGAUAUAGUGCGAUUUAGUGUACAAGGCAGGAGCAGUGAGUGGUAUAUAAUCUGUAUAUGUAAGCAUAAGGUGUGGCAUAGAUUUUGGUAAGUUUAUAUUCGAAAUGUUAGGAUUCAUGUUUAGUUUACUUGCAUCUUGGUUUCUCUUGCUCUGCUUCCGGAUCCAUCUUUUUUGCUGGUUUACUAAAGCCGUCCCUUUUUCAAUCUUGAGUUUGAUCCACAAUUGUAAUGAUCAAUUUGAAAUUUAAGAAAUGAGAAAUUACCUGUUUGGCAUUGUGGAA